ACGUGGUGUCCGGUCCGUCCGGACGGGGUGAUGCACGCGCGGCCGGACCCCGGAGCCCCACGUUUCCCGGGACGGGUCAGAGCGAGUUCCAGCGGGCAGUCUCUCGAUGACCUGGGCCUUCUGAGACGGGGAGAGGUGACGUCCCCGGGUGCACUUGGAGUAGAGGGCGCCAGUGCCCGGUCUGGCCUUCGGGCAUUCGCAGGGCUUCCUGUCUAAGGGAAACACGAGUUUGGUUUCGUGUGCCUGUUAAUAUUUACAUAGUUUUGAUCUUUUCUUGGGCUAAGAUUUAACACUUAACCUGCUGGAAGUUACCAUCUUCAAAGCAGUCAAAUGGUGUAUAAUGUCUACUAUGAGAGGAAACUGGAUGCCGACAAAUAUGAGAAUGAUCCGGAAUUAGAAAAGAUCCGAAAAGAGAGAAACUACUCCUGGAUGGACAUCAUAACCAUAUGCAAAGAUAAACUGCCAAAUUAUGAAGAAAAGAUUAGGAUGUUCUACGAGGAGCACCUGCACCUGGACGACGAGAUCCGCUAUAUCCUGGACGGCAGUGGGUACUUCGACGUGAGAGACAGAGAGGACAGGUGGAUCCGGAUCUCCAUGGAGAAGGGGGACAUGAUCACUCUUCCUGCGGGGAUUUAUCACCGCUUCACGCUGGACGAGAAGAACUAUGUGAAGGCCAUGCGACUGUUUGUGGGAGAACCGGUGUGGACGGCGUACAACCGGCCAGCUGACCACUUCGAGGCUCGGGGGCAGUACGUGAAAUUUUUGGCGCAGUCAGCGUAGGGUGCUCCUUGGGGCCUCACGCCCCCCUCUAGAGGGGCAUGAUGACAGCAGAAAAUCUGUCAUUUGCUCAUUGCUUUGUAGACUUGAGGCGAGGCGUGCUUUCCUUUGUAAGAUUAUUUGAUCAGAAUAGGUUUUAAUGAAGGGAGCUAGAAGACUGAUGUUUACCUGGAAGCAUCUGUGGAAAGAUGGACAAAUCACAUUCCUCUUUUCUAAUUGGAGAUCAGUGGUUCAGUAGCCCUGUGUCAGCACACGCGUUCGUCUGGAACCCGCAUGAGUCCCGUCUCCCCAGACAUGGGUGAUUAGCUGCCCCAUCGGGACCUGAUUCUUUGCCUUUAGGCAGAUUUCAGUCCAUGCCACGCCUGCCUUGUAAGAAGGUAUAGUAGUAGGUGGCUGACCAGAUGGAAGAUGCUUUUCUCCCAGAAAACCGGGAGGGGCAUGGCCUGGGGGACGAGCUCUUGUGUUGGGGGACGCUCGCAGUUGCUUACGCCUUUUUCUUGUUCCCAAUAAAGGAACUGCCUUAACUGUA